AUGAACUCAACCCGAGCAGAGACGCCACUGGUGAGUCAGAUAAACAACGGCAAAGUAAAAAUGGACUCAGCCCGAGCAGAGACGCCACUGGUGAGUCAGAUAAACAACAGCAAAGUAAAACGGACUCAGCACGAGCAGAAAACGCCACUGGUGAGUGCAGAUAAACGAGCUGUAGAAGAACCCAACGCGAGCAGAAAACGCUACUGUCUCCGCGGCCACCGCAGAUCCGGUAAGGCAAAGCAGCUUGUGCAGCCCCUGGAGGGCGAGACUUACCCGCAGCUCCGACCAAACCCGACAAUCACCAAAGUGCUGCUCCAGUAUUGUGCGCUGCUGGCCAAGAGCUUUCCAGCCUACUGUGAGAAAGAGAAGAUACCCUGUGUGCUGAUGAACAACAUCCAACAGAUGAGAGUCCUUUUGGAGAAGAUGUUUGAAUCUAUGGGAGCAAAACAGGAUGACUCCUCAGCUUAUGAUGACAGUGAGGAGGAGCAGGAGAAGAUGGACAUCGAGGCAGCAGACAUCCUCAAUGAUCUACAAGUGAAGCUCAAUACUGUCUUGGACAACUUCAGCGCUAUGUUUGCCAAGAGUCUGAGCAUCUUCGCUGACACCUGUGAGAAAACUGUGCUCAAGAGGAUAUUGAAAGAUUUGUGGAAGAUCGUCCUGAACAGCCUAGAGAAGAACAUCGUCCUGCCUCAGAGUAACGAAAGCCUGGGAGCCCAACUCCUCACUGCAGCUAAAGGACUCUCCAGUCUAAAGUGCAACUUGGUCUAUUAUUUGUCAAUUUUGCAGGGAGGAGGAGAAGCCAAAACCCUGACACCCAAACAGUGUGUCAUCAUUGAUGCAGGGCUGGAGACCAUCAAGCACUACUUCCAUGCAGGCGGAAAUGGCCUUAAGAAGGCAUAUGUUGAGAAAAGCCCUGAGCUCGCUUCUCUGCGCUACGCCCUCUCCCUAUACUCCCAGAGUACCGAUGCACUCAUCAAGACUUUCGUCACCACACAACAUUCCCAAGUGCAUGAUGGAAUGGGUAUCAGGAUCACUGGUAAUGAUAAGAUCAGACCUGAUAGAGGUUCAGGGGUGGAGAAGCCGAUCGGAGAGGCUUUGCUGCAGAUUGACAUGAUGCUUGGGAAGGAACGUAAAGUCAAUGUCAGGGUGAUUGCAGUGAAUGACAUGAAAUGGCAGACAUCAGGCAUGUUUCGGCCUUUUGUUGAGGUCUCGAUGGUCGGCCCUUGCUUAGCGGACAAGAAGCGCAAGUUCACUACUAAAUCUAAGAACAACAGCUGGACAGCCAAGUUCAACGAGGCCUUCCAGUUCAUCAUGGGCAAAGAAUCCCCAGACUGCUAUGAGCUCCACGUGACGGUGAAGGAUUACUGCUUUGGAAGAGCUGACCGGGUGGUUGGCAUGGCCGUGGUUCAGCUGCGAGAUGUGGCAGACCGGAAGAGCUGUGUGUGCUGGUGUCCUCUUGGGCCACGCAUUCACACUGAUGAGACAGGCACUACAGUCAUGCGUAUCUUGUCCCAGCGGCCUGCUGACGAAGUGGCCAAGGAAUUUGUCAAACUUAAAUCUGAAACUCGUCCUGUGGAGGAGGGCAGAUGA